AUGUCGCAUGCAGCCGAUCUUUGGGAACUGUCGUUGACUAGUACAGACGAGAAGGACGGUGUUGACCGCGAACGCUACAACGGGAAUGAUAACCAUCUAGUCCACAACCUAUACCGCGAGACAGUGCAACACUACGUGGUCCGAUUGCGGCAACACAGCGGCGCCUGUCUGUGGCUGUCCUUGUCCAGUGCUGCCAUGGCCAUGGAAGCCUACAAGGACUGGCAGCAAUACUCUACAUCAUCUACCAGUAGUAGAAAGUCGACGUGGAAAGAAUUGUCAUUAGCCCUGUGGCAAAGUCAACGGCCUCUCCCUUUUUUCCUGCGACCAUCUGUUGCUUUGACGAGUGCUGGGGCGCUUGCCUUGGUGUUUCAGCUGUACGGAGGAUUCGUUUUUUGGCAACCGGAAGCACCAAUGUACUAUCAAACGGGCAAUACGAGAGGCUAA